UUCACAUUUGGCGUCUCGAUUGAGUUGGUUUACACUGGUUCAAAGGCAACAAUCCAUUUCGGAGGAGAAGAAUAAAUUUAUGUUAAGAGCUAUCUCUAUUAUCCACAGCUUUUAUGUUAAAGAGUCCAUCUGGAUUAUGUAUAACAAAACCUUUAUCCAUUUGCAGUGUAGAUUGUAGAAAGAGAGAAGAAUAGAUAUACCAAUGGUAGCGUGCUUGUUUCUCUUGUCCAUUUUCUUCGUUCACCAUGCUGUAGGCCUUAAUGAUCAUUGCAGUACAUCAUCGUGUGGGAUGCAAGGCCCACCUGUCCGAUUUCCGUUCCGAAUCAAAGGCAGGCAACCACUCCACUGUAGCUAUCCUGCAGCUGGGUUUGAUUUAUCUUGCUCGGAGAAUAACCAUACUGUUCUGGAGCUGCCAAAUUCAUGGAAGCUCUUGGUGCAAGCAAUUGAUUACGAGUUUCAAGUGAUUUAUGCAAGUUAUUUAGAUGGAUUUUUCCCUCCAAGACGGCUUCUUUUGAACUCCAAUCUCUCUGGUAUUUCUCCCUUCUUUUUUAUGGAUGAACUUUACUAUAGUUAUAACAUAUUUAAUUGCUCUUCAAAGAAAGAACAUUAUUCACUCAAGCCAGUCUCUUGCCUAAGUGACCUUCGCUAUCAUGUCUACGCCAUUUAUUCUCAUGCUUCUUUUCAAGACUUGGUCCCGUUGCUGUCUUGCUCCAAGCUACAUAACAUUUCAAUAGUUGCAGAAUCUAAUCUCUGUUCUCCGGAAAGUGUUCUUCGUUUGAAAUGGUACUAUCCAGAAUGUAGUUAUUGUGAAGCAAAAGGCAAGUACUGCAGACUGAAGAGCAAUACCAUUGGAUCUGAAACAGAAUGCUACGGCAUAAUCAAACCAACUAAAGGGUCAGCAAUAAAGUUCAUGGCAACAGGAACAGUCCUGGGUUCAAUUUUUCUUGCAGUAGCAGCCAUUCUAUUCUACCGCAGACAUAGAUUCAACAGAAUAGAAAGAGAAUAUCAGUCCAAGAUUGAGAAAUUUUUGGAUGACUACAAAUCUUUCAAGCCUGCUAGAUAUUCCUAUGCCGUUAUUAAGAGGAUGACAAACCAAUUCAAGGAUGAAUUGGGCCAAGGAGCUUACGGAACUGUGUUCAGAGGAAAGCUAUCUGAUGAAAUCCUGGUAGCUGUUAAGGUCCUCAACAACUCCAAAGGAAAUGGAGAGGAGUUCGUCAAUGAAGUGGAAGCAAUAGGCAAAAUCCACCAUGUCAAUGUGAUUCGCUUGAUUGGAUUCUGUGCUGAUGGGUUUAUACGAGCUCUAGUCUAUGAGUAUUUGCCAAAUUCAUUACAAAAAUUCGUAUCUUCAGCUGACUCCAAGAGCCAUUUCCUCGGCUGGAAAAGGCUGCAAGAUAUUGCUCUUGGCAUAGCUAAGGGGAUUGAAUAUCUUCAUCAGGGGUGUGAACGGAGAAUCCUCCACUUUGAUAUCAAGCCCCAUAACAUCUUACUUGACCACAACUUCAGCCCGAAAAUCUCUGAUUUUGGCAUGGCCAAGUUCUGUUCUAAGGAUCAAAGUGCAGUGUCCAUGAAAACAGCUAGAGGUACUGCUGGCUAUAUGGCACCUGAAUUGUUCUCAAGGAACUUUCGGAAUGUUUCCUACAAGUCAGAUGUUUAUAGCUUUGGAGUUCUAGUGUUAGAAAUGGUUGGAGGAAGGAAAAUUACUCAUGUAACAGAGGGAAAUGAUGAGGAAAUAUACUUUCCAGAAUGGAUUUACAAUCUUUUGGAAAAAGGGGAAGACCUUAGGUUUGAGAUUGAGGAAGAGGGAGAUGAUAAAAUUGCAAAGAAACUUGCAAUUGUGGGACUCCAAUGCAUUCAAUGGAACCCAGCGGAUCGCCCCUCCAUGAAUGUAGUUGUUCAUAUGCUGGAAGGGGAAGAAAAUCUACCCAUACCGCCUAAUCCUUUUUCUGCAGUUCCUACAAGAAUGAACUCGAGAAUACCGGGAAGACGGCCUCAGCAAGAAUUGGACGUCAUCUCAGAAAGAGAGUAAUAAUCAGAUGUCGAGGAGAUCUAUAAUCUAUUGUAAUUAAUAUUUGAAUUAGUAGUUAGUUUCUUUAUCUACAUAUGUAUUGUAACAGAUGACAAGUAUGGUUUUUGUUUGGUUUGUGUGAUUUUAUGAAAUUUAUGUUUCAGAAAUUUACAGAAUAUUCAUAA